GCUGCGGGAGUCGGAGGCGGGGAGGCGGGGAAAGUGUGGCCCAGGCUGCCGGAGCGGACACCUAUCAGCGGGAGACACCGGCGGCUCGGCUCCUCUUUUUUUCUACAGGGAUUUUAUUACUAUUCUCUUUAUUAUAAUUAUUUUUGCCUCCUCCACAGCGACAACUCCCGGGACUUUAACCCGCAGACGAGAGUCUUCAGAGUGGUGCGAUGGAGGAUGGGAAGCCGGUGUGGGCUCCGCACCCAGCAGACGGGUUCCAGCUGGGAACCAUCGUGGACAUCGGAGCCGACAGUCUGACCAUCGAACCUCUGAAGCAGAAGGGGAAGACAUUUUUGGCUCCGAUCAACCAAGUCUUUCCUGCCGAGGACGAUGUCAACAAACACGUGGAGGACAACUGUUCGUUGAUGUACCUGAAUGAAGCCACGUUGCUCAACAACGUCCGUGUGAGAUACAGCAAAGACAGAAUAUACACAUUUGUCGCGAACAUCCUGAUCGCGGUGAAUCCGUAUUAUGACAUCCCAAAGCUUUACUCUCCAGAGAGCAUCAAACAGUACCGGGGUCGCUCUCUGGGCACGCUGCCCCCCCACGUCUACGCCAUCGCUGACAAAGCAUACAGAGACAUGAAGGUGCUGAAGAUGAGCCAGUCCAUCAUCGUCUCAGGGGAGUCUGGAGCCGGGAAGACGGAAAAUACCAAGUUUGUGCUGAAAUACUUGACGACUUCGUAUGGAACAGGUCAGGCCAUCGACGAGAGAAUCGUGGAAGCGAACCCCCUGCUGGAGGCUUUUGGAAAUGCAAAAACCGUGCGGAAUAACAACAGCAGCCGCUUCGGGAAGUUUGUGGAAAUCCACUUUAAUGAUAAGAACAUCGUCGUGGGUGGUUUUGUUUCUCACUACCUGCUGGAAAAGUCCAGGAUCUGCCGUCAGAGUCCAGAAGAAAGAAACUACCACAUCUUCUACCGACUGUGCGCCGGAGCUCCAGAGGAAAUCAGGCAGAAGUUUUACCUCAGCUCCCCGGACACGUUCAGGUACCUGAACAGAGGAUGCACUCGCUUCUUCGCCUCCAAAGACACGGACAAACACAUCCUGCAGAAUCGCAAGAGCCCCGAGGACGACCAGCACCUGAAGUCCGGUCCUCUGAAGGACCCGCUGCUGGACGACCACGGAGACUUCAGCAGGAUCUGCGGGGCCAUGAAGAAGAUCGGACUGGACGACACCGAGAAGCUGGACCUGUUCAGGGUGGUGGCUGGAGUCCUGCACCUGGGAAACAUCAACUUUGAGGAGGCGGGGAGUACCUCAGGUGGCUGUGCCAUCAAGAACCAGUCGAGUAAAACCCUGGAGCACUGUGCCGAGCUGCUGGGCCUGGAGGAGGACGACCUGAGGGUUAGCCUCACCUCCAGGGUCAUGCUCACGACAGCAGGAGGCGCCAAAGGAACAGUCAUCAAAGUGCCGCUCAAAGUGGAGCAGGCUAACAACGCUCGUGAUGCUCUGGCCAAGGCCGUCUACAGUCGACUUUUUGACCACGUGGUGACCAGAGUUAACCAGUGUUUCCCCUUUGACUCGUCAUCCAACUUCAUCGGAGUCCUGGACAUCGCGGGGUUUGAGUACUUUGAACACAACAGCUUCGAGCAGUUCUGCAUCAACUACUGUAACGAGAAACUGCAGCAGUUCUUCAACGAGAGGAUCCUGAAAGAGGAACAAGAGCUGUACCAGAGGGAGGGGCUCGGAGUCAACGAGGUUCACUACGUGGAUAAUCAGGACUGCAUAGACCUGGUGGAGGCCAAGCUGGUCGGCAUCCUGGACAUCCUGGACGAAGAGAACCGACUCCCUCAGCCCAGCGACCAGCACUUCACCGACACCGUUCACAACAAACACAAGAACCACUUCAGACUGACGGUUCCCAGGAAGUCAAAGCUGGCCGUCCACAGGAACGUGAGGGACGACGAAGGUUUCAUCGUCAGACACUUUGCAGGAGCGGUGUGCUACGAGACGACGAAGUUCGUGGAGAAGAACAACGACGCGCUGCACCUGUCCCUGCAGACGCUGGUCAGCGAGUCCAAAGACCGCUUCGUACGCGAACUCUUUGAGAACUCCAACAACAGCAAAGACGUCAAACAGAAGGCGGGAAAACUCAGCUUCAUCAGUGUCGGCAACAAGUUCAAGACUCAGCUGAAUAUUCUCCUGGAGAAGCUGCGCAGCACGGGCUCCAGUUUCAUCCGCUGCAUUAAACCAAACCUGAAGAUGGUGAGCCACCAGUUUGAAGGAGCUCAGAUUCUGUCUCAACUGCAGUGCUCGGGAAUGGUGUCAGUGCUGGACUUGAUGCAGGGCGGCUUCCCGUCCAGAGCUCCCUUCCACGAACUCUACAACAUGUACCAGAAGUACAUGCCACCCAAACUCACCCGCCUCGACCCGCGGCUCUUCUGCAAGGCCUUAUUCAAAGCUCUGGGACUGAACGAGCAUGACUACAAGUUCGGGCUGACCAGAGUGUUUUUCCGGCCCGGGAAGUUUGCAGAGUUUGAUCAGAUCAUGAAGUCGGACCCGGAUCAUCUGGCCGAGCUGGUGAAGAAAGUCAACACGUGGCUGAUCCACAGUCGCUGGAAGAAGGUGCAGUGGUGCGCGCUGUCCGUCAUCAAACUGAAGAACAAGAUCUUGUAUCGAGCCAGCGCUUGUAUCAAGAUGCAGAAGACGGUUCGGAUGUGGCUCUGCAAGAAGAAACACAAGCCGAGGAUUGACGGCCUGGUGAAGGUUCGUCACCUGAAGAAAAGGAUGUCUGGCUUUAACGAGGUGGUGUCCGGACUGAAGGAGGGCAAACAGGAGAUGAGUCGUCAGGUUCAGGAUCUGGACGCCGCCAUCGACGCUCUGAUGGUCAAAAUCAAGAGCACCGUCAUGUCUCGCCUGGACAUCGACCACGAGCACCAGGCUCUGGUGAGUCGCUCGGAGCAGCUGCUCACGUCCAUGCAGAACAAGAAGAAGGAGGAGGAGGAGAGAGAGAGACUGAGGCGCAUCCAGGAGGAGAUGGAGAGAGAGAGACAGAGGAGGGAGGAGGACGAGCAGAGACGCAAGAAGGACGAGGACGAGAGGAGACAGAAAGCAGAGAUGGAGCUGAAGAGGAAGCACGAGGAGGAGGAGAGGAAGAGGAGGGAGGAGGAGGAGAAGAGGAUUCAGAUGGAGAUGGAGGUUCAGUUUCAGGCCGAGCGUGAAGAAGAUGCCGCUCGUCAGACGAUCCUGGAGCAGGAGCGCAGAGACAGAGAGCUGGCGCUGAGGAUCGCUCAGAGUGAGGCGGAGCUUAUUCCUGAGGAGACGCUCAACGAUGCAGGACUGCGCAGCGACGGUUCUUCAGUUCCAUCGUCUCCAGAACGAGCAGCCGGCGCUGGAGUCACUAAAUUCAAGAGCAUGACCAUGGAAGAAAUGGCGAAAGAAAUGACUGAGAUUCUGUCGCGAGGUCCGCAGGUUCAGGCGUCUAAAGCCGCCGCCGACGCCAAGAAGUACGAGCUGAGCAAGUGGAAGUACGCAGAGCUGCGAGACGCCAUCAACACUUCCUGUGACAUCGAGCUUCUGGCCGCCUGCAGGGAGGAGUUUCACCGUCGUCUCAAAGUUUAUCACGCCUGGAAAUCAAAGAACAAGAAGAGAAACACGGAGACGGAGCAGCGGGCGCCGAAAUCUGUCACCGACUACGGUUGCCCCGCCCCUGUGAAAAAAACAUCUCAGCAGCACCCGGCCCCGCCCAUCCCGGCGCGUCAGUACGAGGUGGCGAUGAAUCGUCAGCAGCGCUACUUCCGCAUCCCGUUUGUGCGUCCGGGCGAUCAAUACAAGGAUCCUCACGGCAAGAAGAAAGGCUGGUGGUACGCACACUUCGACGGACCCUGGAUCGCCCGGCAGAUGGAGCUGCACCCCGACAAACACCCCAUCCUGCUGGUGGCAGGAAAGGACGACAUGGAGAUGUGCGAGCUGAGUCUGGAGGAGACGGGACUGUCGAGGAAGAGAGGGGCGGAGAUUCUGCCGCGACAGUUCGAGGAGAUCUGGGAGCGCUGCGGCGGGAUCCAGUAUCUGCGCAGCGCCAUCGAGAGCCGCCAGGCCCGGCCCACGUACGCCACCGCCAUGCUGCAGAGCAUGUUCAAGUGACGCUGUCGCCAUGGCGGAGGAGGAGGGGCUUGAGGGACGCAUUUACCAGCUACCUAACUCAGAUGGCGCCGCAGAGCUCAGACUGUAGAGAUUUAACGCAAAACAAGUCGUCCUUUCUGUUUCUCUGUCGUCACGUUUUUUUUUUUUUUCCAUUCUCGCCCAACUUUAAGUUCCUGGAUCGGAGGGGGCGGGGCCUGUCGUAUUGCACGCACUGAUCCCUAUGCAGAUAAAAUCAUUAACGUUACAUCCGAGGAAUUGUGUUUAGUUUAACUCCGAGGCCUUAACACGUUAACAGGGUUUGACUGACGAUGAUUCUUCUUCAGUUUCUUUUUUUUGUUGUUGUUUUUUU